CGCGUUACAAGUGCGGUCCUGUCCUGAUCAAGUCUUCUAAGAAGCGAAGCCAUUUUGUUGUUUUGUUCUUUGUGGGAGAUUCUCGAAAUUGUUUGGGAGUUCAGUCUCUUUAGACUUUCUUUUUAUUUUGAGAUUGUUGAACAAUAAAUAUGAGUGAUCGUGAGAAUAGCCCUGAUGCUGUUGGAAAUAGUUCAGAAAGGCAGUCUCUAGAAGAAAAAACCCCAUCUGCUGAAGGAUCCCCUUCGCCGCAGGAAGUAGAGGAAGAGCGAAGAACUCACAGCCGGAGCCGCAGUCGUUCCCGAUCACAUUCGUUUAGAAGACGGCGAUCGUACUCAAGGUCUAGUAGAAACAAUGAAAAUCCUGAUGAAGUUGAAAAUGAACAUCAAAGAAGCCAUUCCAGAGGCGGCAGCCAUCGAUACAGGCACUACAGUAAAUCAAGAUCUCGUUCUCCUAGACAUCGUAGAUACUCCAGAAGCCGUAGCAGAAGCCGUUCAUAUUCUCCACGACGUUCAUACUCACCACAAUACAGCCCUAGACACUCAUACUAUGAUGAUAGGUAUUAUAAAUAUGGUGGUGGAAAAGGAGGUGGAGGAGGAGGUCGUUAUUCUUCUAGAUAUAAUAGAUCACCCAUGUCUAGUCGAAGAAGACACGUUGGAAACAGGAACUUUUAA